AACACAUACGCCAAGCUGUAGAGCCACGUUGGAAGGGUUGAUGACUGAAUUGUAAACUUUGUGGUGACAGUAGUGAAACAUUGUUUAUAAACCCCAAAGAAAAUGAAGAUAAAGGAGUUAGACCGCACAGUAAACAUAUCAUGGUCACCGGCAUCGCAUCAUCCAAUACUGUUGGCUGCCGGGACGGCAGCACAGCAGUUAGAUGCAUCAUUCAGUACGUCUGCAGCAAUGGAAAUUUAUUCACUAAAUUUAGGGGAGCCCGGCCUGGACAUGGAGUUAAGAGCAUCAGCACCAAGCGAUUACAGAUUUCACAAAAUUACCUGGAGCUCAUGCGGUGUGGGACCAGACAGAGAAACUGGUGUCAUUGUUGGUGGUUGUGAUGGAGGGCGUCUACAGCUCUAUAGUGCUUCCAAAUUAUUAUCUGGAGAAGAUGGACUCAUUGUUUCUCAGGAAAAGCAUACUGGACCUGUGAGGGCAUUAGAUUUCAACCCAUACCAGGGAAAUCUUUUGGCCACAGGAGCAGCGGAAUCUGAGAUAUAUGUGUGGGAUCUCAAUAACAUGGGAACACCCAUGAGUCCUGGAGCAAAGGCACAACCAUCAGAUGAUGUUGUGUGGAUUGCAUGGAACAGACAAGUGCAGCACAUAUUGGCAUCUACGUUCACUCAGCGGUGUGUCGUCUGGGAUUUGCGCAAAAAUGAACCCAUUAUUAAACUUAGUGACACAACUUCUCGUGUCAGGUGGAAAGUUGUAGCCUGGCAUCCUGAUGUUGCUACACAAAUGUGUCUGGCUUCUGAAGAUGACCAGACUCCAGUCAUACAGCUGUGGGAUCUUCGAUUUGCUACUUCACCUUUAAAGGUCAUGCAGAAUCAUCAGAGAGGAGUGUUGUCAAUUGCGUGGUGUGCUCAGGACCCUGAUCUGCUUGUUAGCUGCGGCAAAGACAAUCGCAUAUUGUGCUGGAAUCCAAACAGCACCCUUCCAAGUGGUGAGGUAGUGUGUGACAUAGCAACAACAAACCAGUGGCACUUUGAUGUUUCAUGGUGUCCGAGGAAUCCGGCACUAAUUGCAAGCUCUAGUUUUGAUGGACAUGUAAGUGUGUACUCACUCACUGGAGGUACACAGCAAGCGCAAACCAGCACCAAGAUAGCAGACUCAUUUCCAGGGAUGGACGCAUAUGUUCAGGCACCAGUGCCAGCUCAGCAGCAAGUCACUGUUGACUUACGAAAACCGCCAAAAUGGCUGAGAAGACCUGUGGGUGCUUCUUUUGGGUUUGGAGGUAAAUUGGUUACAUUUGCAAAUGAAGCUCUUCCAGCCCAGCAGCAACAGCAGCAGCCAGUGCAACAGUCACGUGUUGUGUACCUGUGCCGGGUGGUGACAGAGCCAGAGAUUGUAGCUCGUUCCAACCAGUUGGAGGCUGCUCUGCAGUAUGGGCAAUUUGUGGACUACUGUAGGACCAAAGUGGCCAGCAGCAGCACGGCACAUGAGAGGGCUGUGUGGAGCUUCCUUCGUGCUAGUUUUGAGAGCAACCCAAGGGCCGAGUUUCUCGACUUACUCGGUUUCAGGCCGGAUGAACUUAAUGUUAAGCUUAGCAAAUUUGGAAAACCUGCUAAUGCAAGAUCCAGCCCAAUGCUUGAUGGCUUGAAUGACAGGAUGGCAGCUCUUGGACGAGAACCUCCAGAUGGCGAUGCAGCUGCUGCAGCCUUUGAUGCUAUCGCUGCAGCUGCCUCAAAUACUACCAGCAGGCCUACACCACCGGCUUCACCAUUCAAGAUAUCAGUUGGUGAUGACAUAAAUGGAUUGAUUUCUCAAGCACUGUUGAUUGGCAAUAUAGAAGCUGCUGUUGACUUGUGUCUUGAAGAUGGACGAAUGGCUGAUGCUAUUAUUCUUGCCAUGACAGGAGGAAGUGAUUUGCUGGCACGGACACAGUACAAAUACUUCCAGCAGUCAAAAGGCCCACUAUCAUCACUCAUUUCAGCUGUUGUUACUGAAGAUUGGACACAAGUAAUGCAGUCAUGUCAAAUUGAAAGCUGGAGAGAGGCUCUUGCUGCAGCUUUGACAUACUCGAAGAAUGAAGAACUCCAAGUCCUUUGUGAACUGCUUGGCAGCCGAAUUGAAGCUGAGGGAAAAGGUUCACAGCAGCUGAAUGCACAGCUAUGUUAUAUUUGUGCUGGGAACCUGAAUAAGUUGAUAGAUAACUGGAAUUCUACAGAGAAGCCAACCUCUCUCAACAAGUUACAGGACUUUGUGGAACUUGUAAUGAUCUUACAAAAAGCUGCAGAAAUUCAAGGACACCCUGUGACAAUAAGUGGGUCACUAGCAGAAUUUCUCUCGCGCUAUGCAGCAAUUUUAGCUUCACAAGGAAAUCUGGUGGAUGCUCUUACAUAUCUUGGCAGUGCACAGGAUGAGCAAGUUGCAGCUCUUAGGGACAGGAUUGAGAAGGCCUUAGGAUACAAGCCUGUGUAUGCUCAGCCAACUGCACAGCCAACCACCAGGGCAACAAGAGGUUCAGUGUCGAGGUCUUCAGCAGGGUUUUACCCUGGUCAGUUACAACAACAACAACAACCACAACAGCAUCAGCAACAACUUGGCAGCGCACCUUCAUAUCUGGGAACCCCUGUUCAGCAGAUACCCCAGCAGUCCUAUAACAGCCCUCAGGCCCAGGCAUAUACACCCACUGCUCCUGUACCUCCUGUUCGAUCUUUCACUCCAACUGUGCAACAGCAGCAGCAGCAACUUGUUCCACCAAUACAAUCCUCUUAUCUGCCUGGACAACACCAGUCACCUUCUGCAACUUCACCAUACAACACUGCAGGACCAGUCAUGACACAGCAGCAUUAUGGGCCUCCAAAAACAUUCUCACCAGCUCCACCUGUUGCUCCUGUUCCACCUGUGCCUGUUCAGCAGUCACCACCAGUGGCAGCUGUUCAAGGUUCAGUUAGAUCAUACCCUUCAGCUGAUCCCAGUUUUUGCCAGAAGCUUUCGGAAUCGCCUCAUAUGGCUGAUAGGGUCAACAGCUGUGCAAGGUGGAGUAGCAAUACUGGUGCUGGAACAGGACCAAGAAAUAAGCCUUAUGUAAUUGAUCCAUCCGUACAGUCUGGCAACCAUGUUUCAUCAUAUGGGAUGCCAGCACCAUAUGGAGGUGGACAACAGGUUUAUCCAGGGUCACCUGCUGCUCCUCUCACCACACAGCCGGUUGCCUCCUAUCCUCAGGCAGAUGUCUACAAUCCUCAAGAGCCACCAGCUUCAAAGACAGUAUUUAAUCCAGUUCAGCCAAUCCCUGUCCCUCCAGGUGGUGCUCCACCAGGGUGGAAUGACCCACCUGUAUUGAAAAACUUUGCAAAAAACCAGUUCGAAUAUAACAUACUUCCUCAAAUGUCUGCUGUGCAUUCUGGUACAAGGCAAUGGAAUAGUGUGGUCAACCAUUUACAGCCAAAGCCAGAAUAUGCUCCUCAGAACCCAAUAACUCACCCACUUUAUGGGAGUGCGCAACCAGACCCUCCAGCAGCAAACUUCCAAAAUGCUGCGGUGAAUGGUGUAUAUGGAAAUAUGGGUCAGCAACAGCCGUAUGUACCAUAUAAUGCACCACCUCAUGCGCAACAGCAGCAGCAACAACAACAACCACCAGCUGCAGGCCCUGUGGUCACUGCAAAAGCUGUGGAGCCUCCAAAGCCAAAGGGACCAAUACCGGAAGAGCACAUGUAUCUGCAGACAGUUUUUGAUGAACUGAGGAAUAGAUGCUACAAUACCGCCACAAAUCCACAAACCAAAAGGAAACUGGAGGAAGUUGCACGGAAACUGGAAGUCCUGUAUGAUUGUUUAAGGGAACAUAAGCUGUCUCCCACAACUCUAACGGACUUACACCAGAUGGUACAAAUGACGCAGAUUGGUGAUUACACUGGUGGCCUGGGACUCCAUACAAAACUGGUUUCAGGACCAGACUUCUCACAGAUUGCUGGUUUCAUGCCUGGAUUGAAAGUUUUGCUUCAGUCAGCAUUGCAACUGAAUGUGUACUUGCAGUAAUCCUAAAAUCAAGCAACAGAAUUAAAUGAACUGUAGUAAAGCUACAAAGCCAUUAUUUUUCUCCACAUGUAUCUAUCUGCAUGUGUAUGCAAAAGUAGGGGGAUAAAAUGGUACAUGUGUGGAACUGGAGGGAGUUAAUGCCACAUGAAGUUGGGCUAAGAGCAGCAGACUUUUAGGACAUUUUCAAUUGUACUAGGUGUUAAGGAAAAGAAAAGAAUUUUUUGUGACUACCAUCAGUUUGUAAAUAUGUGUUACAUUUUAAUGGUGCUGCAAAAUAUUUUGUAUAUUGAUGAAAAUGAAAUCAUGUUUACUUCACUUCACCAAUUCAUUUAGAUUUAUAUUUAUUUCCAUUAGUCUGUGAGUUUUUGGAAUCUGUAAGACAAAGCAAAGUUACACAAAAUGCAUUCUUGUCACAAAAUUAAGCUGGGUUUAAUUUUGACACUCGAAUUCUUUGGAAUUUUAUUCUAACUUUGCCUAAAAGCUAGUAAAUUGUUUUUCCACCAAACACAGAGAUGUAAUAUUGCCUCUUUCAUUGUUAGAGAUUUGUGGGUGAGAGACAUCAUAAACACUGUACAUGCUUUCUUGGUAUAUGGAAACGGUGGAAGACUGUUUCUUCAUACCAGUAGAUCUGUAUACAAUGUGUAUCAUAAAUUUUUAUGGCAGAAUUGUGUUUUCAGAAUUGUGCUUAUCAGUGUUCUGACAAUUUCCAUUGAAGCCGUUGGUAAAAAUAAAAGCAUCAGAUCAGCUUUUUGUAAUUGUUUGUAAAGUAGCCAAAAAUUAAUAAUUUGUAUUAUUGUUAUAUGGUUGUCUGUCUAAUUGUGAAAAUCCUCAAAAGUGUGUUACUGUGGGCAUAAACACAACAGGAAUAUGUGAUUUGUUUUAGUAACAAUGAAAAUUUGAUACUGAUGAAUAAAUUCUGAUAAAAUACUAUGAGGCUCACAAUGUUUCAAUAAAAUUAAGUUACAA